AGUCCACAGAGCACUAAUCUGAUUAGUUUUCUGUAAGUCUAACACAGUGAACUUUGAAUUUUCAAGUAUAAAUAUUCAUAAUCAUCUAGUUAUUUAGUUUGUAAAAGAAUUCUAAUAGUCAUACUUUUAUAUCGUUAUACGUUUACAAUUGUUCGUGAUCUUAUUGAUAUCUGCAAAACAACUGUUAUAAAAUGCCGCACUUCAGAAUAGAAACCAAUUUACCCCGAAACAAAGUUCCUCUGGACUUUGUUUCAAAAGCUAUCCCGGUAUUAGCUAAAGCACUUGGGAAACCAGAACAGUACUGUGUGGUGAGUGUUGUCCCAGAUGUACUCAUGAGUUUUGGAGGCAGUACAGAACCUUGUGCAAUUGCUAAUCUAAUGUCAAUUGGGGCACUUGGAGUGGAACAAAACAAAAAACAUGCUAAAGUUCUGUUUGAAUUGGUUGAAAAGGAAUUAGGUGUUACUUCAGAUAGGAUGUACAUAACAUUCCAAGAUGAACCCACAGGUAAUGUGGGAUUUAAGGGAACUACUUUCCAUGCUAUAUUUGGUUAAUAAUCUUCUUGUAACAUCUAUUUUUCUUUGAUCAUAUAAAUUUUAUUAUACCUAUUUGUAAGUAUAUAUUAUCCUACAAAAAAUUAUUCAUCAUCAUCAUCAUCAUUUCAGCCUGGAAGACAUCCACUGGUGAACGAAAAUCUAUUAACCAUUGUUAUUAUAUAUUAUAUAUAAUUAUAAAUAGAUCUAUAUAGGUAAUUUUUAAGGUAUUUCUUAAAGUAUGUGGAUUUUUAUAUUUUAUCAUAUAAUGUCUACAUUAAAAAAUAAUUAUUUUUUUUUAUCAAUUUUUAUGUAUGAUUACUUAAAAUUGGUUCGCUCUGGUAAACAAUUAUGUAUAAUGCUAUAUAAUUAUUAACUAAGCACAAAAAAUUUAUGUACAUUUUUCUAAGAAGAUUUUUGACCAUGUGGUUGUAUUGUUGGUACUCUUGUUCACUACAAAACAAUUUAUGUACUGACCAUUUUGAUAUUGAAUUUCUUUUGAUAGAUUCACUUUGUCAUUUGCCAAGGCUUGCUGCCUUGUGUUUACG